UCACCAACAUAUAAAUCAAGACACUUCAGAAGCUGCAGAUACUCAUAAAACUGCAUUUUUUUCUAGACAUUUCCCAAUGGCUGAGAACUACACAACAAAAAGCAAUGGCCAAAAAAGUGUUCAAGCUGCACAAGUGGCUGUGGUUAUGGUGCCCCUUUCAGCACAAGGCCAUCUCAACCAGCUUCUCCACCUCUCGAGGCUGAUCACCUCGUGUAAUAUCCCAGUACACUAUGUUGGAGCAACCACUCAUAUUCGCCAGGCUAAGUUUCGCGUCCAUGGUUUUGACCCUGUCACAGUUAAAAACCUCCAUUUUCAUGAAUUCCCUACACCACCUUUUGAAAAUCCCCCUCCAAAUCCUAAUGCUUCUAAUAAAUUUCCUAACCACUUAAUCCCUUCAUUUUAUGCAACAAUCCAUCUCCGUGAGCCAGUGUGCUCUCUUGUACGCCAACUCUUAGGCGCGAACAAUCGGAGAGUGAUUGUUAUUUAUGAUUCUAUGAUGACUUGGGUAGUAGAGGAUGUACCGGCAAUUCCAAAUGCUGAGUGCUACCGUUUUAAUAGUGUCUCAGCUUUCCAUACGUUUUCAAUGAUCUGGGACACUAAAGGAAAGCCUUCUCAACCUGGAACUGAAAUAUUCGAGGACAUUCCAUCAGUCGAAAACGUUGCUUCUCCAGAGUUAUGGGAAUUGUGGAGUAAACAAGUAUCCCUUGAAGGGAAAAUUAGCUCUGGAGAACUUUACAACUCAUCCAGAGUAAUAGAAGGUUUAUACCUUGAUUUAGCAGCCAAAGAAAUUAAUGGCUUAAACCUAUGGGCUAUUGGUCCAUUCAAUCCGUUGUUGCUGACUGAGCAUAACAAAGACUCAAAUAAACGUCACCAAACCUUGGAUUGGCUUGACAAACAAGAACCAGACUCUGUGAUAUAUGUGUCUUUUGGAACAUCUACUUCAUUAUUGACUGAAGAAAUUGAACAACUCGCCAUUGGGUUAGAGAAAAGUCUGCAAAAGUUCAUUUGGGUUAUCAGAGAUGCUGACAAAGGAGAUGUUUUUGCAGGUGAAGAAAGGAGAGCUCAGGUGCCUAAAGGUUAUGAAGAAAGAAUAAAAGGAAGAGGAAUUAUUGUAAGAGAUUGGGCACCUCAGUUGGAAAUUUUGGCACAUCCUUCCACAGGUGGUUUUAUGAGUCAUUGUGGAUGGAAUUCAUGCAUGGAAAGUAUUUCCAUGGGAGUUCCUAUAGCAGCCUGGCCAAUGCAUUCAGAUCAACCAAGGAACUCCCAGCUGGUAACUAAGUUCCUAAAAAUUGGCCUAAUUGUGAGGCAUUGGGCACGUCGAGAUGAAUUGGUUACAUCAGAAAUAGUUGAAAAUGCUGUAAGAACUUUGAUGGCUUCAUCUGAUGGAGAUGAGAUGAGGAAGAGAGCAUCAGAGUUAAGUGUUGCUAUCAAAAAAACAGUCACGGAUGGGGGAGGUAACGGUGUGGAGAUGGAUUCUUUUAUCGCUCACAUUACUCGAUAAUUUUCUCUUUUAAAUUGGACAAUUGGUUGCACCAGUUGUUGUUGGUUUUAUUGUGAGAAAACAACGGAACUGAUUGUGACUACUUAAAGUAAUAUAUUUUGCAGCAUAAUGUCAAAUAAGAGAUGUUAAACUUUCUCGA